AUGCGUUUCAAGAUGGUUUCGACUCUUUCCAUCUUGCUUGGAUCAUUUUGGGCCAACUUCAGGCACAACGGUUGUCAACCGGUGCAGCCACGUGUUUGGACAACUCUGUUUUUUUUCAACAAAUUUACAAACUUAGUUCGAAAGAAAGAAGGAGGAAUGGCAACUCUCGAGCAAGACGAUAACGAAGAGUUGAAACAAUUAUUGAACGCUCCUGUGAGAAAUAUCACCGAGGAUAUAUGUAUGGCUCCGCCGUUAUCGACUAACGUGCCACGGCCCAGUACAUCUCAAAAUGUUAAUCCAUCUACUACCAUGAAUCCAGUGGUACCCAAUACGGCCAACGGUACAAAAGAAAUUCCAGAGGCUUGCGUACAAAACGUCGUCUCUACCGUUAACUUAGGUACGGAAUUAAGACUGAUGUACAUUAAUACAAGAACUAGGAAUUCGGAAUACAAUCCAGCAAGAUUCACCGGUUUAAUAAUGAGAAUACGCAAUCCCACGACGACGGCUUUAAUUUUUCGUUCUGGAAAAUUAGUCUGUACCGGUGCUAGAAGCGAAGCGGAUUCUUGUUUGGCAGCAAGAAAGUUUGCUAGGAUUAUACAAAAAUUGGGUUUCCCAGCCAAAUUUUAUAAUUUUAAAGUACAAAAUAUAGUUGCCACGUGCGAUCUUAAAUUUCCUAUUAAAUUGGAAAAUUUAAAUCAAAUGCACGGUCAGUUUUCUAGUUACGAACCAGAGCUCUAUUCAGGUUUAAUAUAUAGGAUGGUUUUACCAAGAGUGGUAUUACUCAUAUUUGUAAAUGGAAAGAUUGUAUUAACUGGUGCAAAGAAACGGUCCGAAUUACAGGACGCAUUAAAUAACAUUUAUCCGAUAUUGAAAAGUUUUAGAAAGCAGUAAGACGGUAUCGUCAUUUUGUACGCUCGCGUUGUAUCUUUAUAAGAUAAUAUUUCUCGUAAUUUAUCAAUUGUUAACUUUGCUAGAGAUAUUACAUUUCAAAUAUAGAGAUGUACUUAAUAAGGUGCAAUCCCUCGCGACCCGAUGCCUUUCAUACAUCAUAUAUAUGAUAAAUAAUGAUUAAUUAUUGAAUAUCUUAUCGGUAGCAUUUUCAAAGAAUGCAAUGAAACGGAAUGUGAGAUAUCUUGUACGUAAUUAUAUCAAAUUCAUUUUUUUCAUGGAAUUUCGGGUAAAAUUGAACGAUAAAUGUCACGUUAAGAUACGUAUAAUUUGUGCGUGUGUCUGUGUCUGUGU